AUGCUGCAGCUGGACUCAGCAGGAGGCCCCACGUCCACGCACACGUCCCGGAUCCACACAGACCCGUACACAUUCCAGGACCUGACCGUGGUGGGGUGGACUGAACCAGAACCAGAACCAGACAUGGGUCCAAAGGCACUGGCUCUGCUGGUCCUGGUAUCGGGUCUCCUCGGCGUCGGCGUCCUUUCCCACGUGGAGGAGAUGAAGAGUCAGGAGCGCCUCUUCCUCAGAUCCCUGGGGCUCCACGGGAGACCCACACCCACGGGGAGCCGCCAGGCCCGGCGCCAGGUCCCCUCGGCGCUCUGGAAGAUGUUCCGGAGGUCCGAGGACAUGCAGGCCCAGGACAGUGACCCGUGUACGGUGGCGGAGUACGGAGUCCGGGGCAACAUCAUCCGAUAUGUGCAAGACCAAGGUCGUCUGGUGUCGAGCUGGAGCGACGUUUGUCAGGAUUGUUUGGAGAAGCGUCUUUUCUUCAACAUGUCUGCGCUGCAGCCUGUAGAGCUGCUGUCUCUGGCUCAGCUGGAGGUUCAGUUCCACUGGAAGCCGCUGAAGUCUGCGGAGCUCCUGCAGGGGCCCCGGGCCGUCAGCAUCUCUCUCUACAAAGUGAUCCGAACCACGCUGAAGGGGGCCGAUCCCCAGGUCAACCGCAGACUCCUGCUGUCCCAGUCGGUGCAGCUGCAGCCGGAGCCCACCUCCAUCACCCUGGACGUGACCUCGCUGGCGGAGAGCUGGCGCAAACCAGGACAUAACUACGGCCUGGUGUUGGAGCUGCUGCCUCUCAGUGUGGAGCCGGAUGAGUUCAUUUCUUUCCACACGGGGAAGUCGCACCACAUUGAACUGGCCCACAACCUGCCGCUGGUCCAGGCCACACUGGUAGCCGUGUCCCUCAACCCUCAGCAGUGUCGCUCCAGACAGAGGAGGAGCACCGUCCAUCUCCCGGUGACGCCGAGCAACGUGUGCAAGGCCCGACGCCUCUACAUCGACUUCAGAGACGUGGGCUGGCAGGGCUGGAUCAUCGCUCCGCAGGGCUACAUGGCCAACUACUGCCACGGGGAGUGUCCGUUUCCCCUCAGCGAGAGCCUCAACGGCACCAACCACGCCAUCCUGCAGACCCUGGUGCACUCCCUGGACCCCCAUGGCACGCCUCAGCCCUGCUGCGUCCCCAUCCGUCUGUCCCCCAUCUCCAUGCUCUACUACGACAACAACGACAACGUGGUGCUCCAGCAUUACCAGGACAUGGUGGUGGAUGAGUGCGGCUGCAGAUGA